AGGUUAUUAUAAUGAAAAAGGAAUGAAGGUUGGAAAAUGGACAGAAUUAUGUUUCUGUUUUGAAGAGUAAUAAUUAUUUCUUUCUUUUAUUAUAAAUUAGAAAUCUUUAAGUGAUUUAUCAAGGUAAUUAUUAAAAUGGAAUUAAAUUUGGGCUAUGGAAAUUAAUUCAUAUAAGUUCCCAUAUAACAUAAAUUAUGUAUAGUUUUUACUCGUAAUUAAUAUUAGUGGUGGAGGGUAAUAUGAUUAAUUUGGAUAUAAAUAAGGAUUUUGGAGAGAAUUGCAUUCAAGAUUUUAAAAGUAAUUAAUUUAUAUAUUAUAUCAGCAAUUAUCGUGUGAUUAGAAGUGGUAAAUAUUUAAAAGGAG